GAAGAAACGCUUUGUGGCGUUGAAGGUGGUGAAGAGUGCUCCGCAUUACACCGAGACAGCUCUGGAUGAGAUCAAGCUGCUCAGAUGUGUGAGGGACAGUGACCCCUCUGACCCCUACAGAGAGACCAUCGUCCAGCUGAUAGAUGACUUCAAAAUCUCCGGAGUCAACGGAGUCCGUAUCCUUUAUCACCUGCCUUAUUUUCCUCAGCCUCAGUCAGAUGUUUGCAUGGUUCUGGAGGUUUUGGGUCAUCAGCUGCUAAAGUGGAUCAUUAAGUCAAACUACAUGGGGCUGCCUCUGGUCUGCGUCAAGACCAUUAUCAGACAGGUGCUGCAGGGUCUGGACUACCUGCACUCUAAGUGUAAGAUCAUCCACACGGACAUUAAGCCGGAGAACAUCCUGCUGGACGUGGACGAUGUGUACGUGCGGCGGCUGGCGGCCGAGGCCACCGUCUGGCAGAGAGCUGGAGCCCCGCCCCCCUCAGGGUCGUCAGUUAGCAUGGCUCCCAGGGAUCUGGAGGUAAGUGUUAAGGAGUGAGACCUGCUGUGUUUUCAUUGGUUACCUGCGGAAAAUUGCAUCCGGUUGAUAGGAUAACACCUGAUAAAGGAAGUGAGAUGACACGUUGUUUCUUGUAAUGUCAGCGAGUGAAAAUAAAACUUUUAGCCGGAGCGGAAUGAACAGUUUCACUGGUUGUGAUGUUCUGCUGCUCCGUCUGUACCCAGAGUACAAACUUCUGCUUCUUCUGUACCCAGAGUGCAGACUACUGCUCUGUCUGUACCAGAUUACAUACUACUGCUCUGUCUGUAAAUUACAGUACAUUACAUAUAUUUGAUGGUGGCAGUAGAUGUGUUAAUUGCGGCAGCAGCGGAUGUUUUAAUGGCGGCAGCAGUAGAUGUUUUGAUGGCGGCAGCAGUAGAUGUUUUAAUGGCGGCGGAAGCUGAUGUUUGAUGGCAGC